UUUUUUGCAGGACCCUCAAUUCUAAAACGGAAAAAGAAAAUUGUCGCAGUAUCUGACCAGGAGUUAUUACUUAUGCUGCGGGCAUAUCAGACACACCCGUGUUCGUGGGACAGAAUAAUUGAUACAGUAAAGGAAAACAUCCAUACUCUGACAAACGAUGCACAAGAUCUCUACAAAAAUUGCACCAACAAACAAAUCAGAACAAGAUUAUCAGUAAAGUUGGGCAAACUGUUGGCCCUUCCGGCAGAUAAGAUCAAGAAUAUCAUGGUCAAGUAUGUAUUUAUGUCAACUAUUUACAAUAUUUUGGAAGAGCUUGCUAAAGUAAAAAUAUUGGAGACCAGGUUGACAAAAGAUCAUCAAAAUGUCCCUGGCCCAUCAACUGCAAAUGACAAAAGGGAUAAAAUACUUGAAGAUCUAUCCUCUGAAGAUGAUAAUAACGGGCCAGUUAAUUCAGAGCCGAAAAAAAACCCCCAAAAUGCUACUUCAGUACAACAAAAUAUAGAGCAGGAAGAACCGAAAGAGCCAGAGGAACCAAAAGAACGAGAGGACACGAAUGAGGAGGAAAUUGAGCAACCGCAAGCUGCCAAGAGGGCCAAGCUACAAAAACCAAAAAGCAAAAAAAUGCCGCUCAUGAAUUUGAUUAAAAAAAAUCAUGAGGCCUACAGCAAGUUUAUUACGAAAAAGGUUCCGAAGUUGCUACGUAGUCUUGGUGUCUCCUCAUCAGAGUCUGACGAUGAUGAAUUAUAG